AUGUCCAACUAUGAGUUCAAUCCUUUGCACACGCCGGAUGACAGUAAUUCGAGCUACGGGUCCUCGCGAUUAGAACCCUUCUCGGCUACAUAUCCGACGCCUGGUACCCCGAAGACAGUGUGGAGUUCUGUGUCUGUGGCUGCAACUGCUCCUAUUCCUACUCCAAUACUCGCCAUCAACGACACUUCUCUGCAUAAUCAUCCACUCGUGAUUGGCGAACAUAUGGACGAACCGGUUUCAGCCGCAAGCAGCGGUACCUCUACGAGCAUAAUUAUGGUAUUUCGCCCAAUGGCGGAACCUCAAUCCUGGCGCCGGACCAAGCAGGAUAUCGAUACUCCGGCCGAACGAGAGAAGGCUCUAGCAGGUUACCAGGAAAUUGGACUCACGAGCAAAGAUUCAGUGGAACUUAGUCAUUGGACUAUUAUUGAUAAACUCAGUUCUAGCGAAACUUCUGGCACGUCCAGACCGGCAGUUGCAUGUGACCGUUAUGGAAAUGUUGAAAAGUCGGGAGCUCCAGUCAAAUAUUGGUCGGAUAUUGGAGCAUCCAAGUCGUCUGCGUAUGACUUAACCGAUUCGUCGGGCGAGACUGGUACUUCAACUAACCCAGACGAAGCCAACGACUCGCUCCCUCCUAAACCUGUGCUGAAUGUUGCCUAUUUCGGAGACUCUGGUCGAUCUGCUCCAGUUCCACCUGAGGAACAGGCCGACUUUGCUCGCCCUAUUCUGGUUGCAGAUCCCUUGCCAGAAGAUCGUACGACUUCGGAGUUUCCGUCCACUCACUUGGAAGCUUCUCAGAAAUCUGAAGAAGAUAUGUCGACUACGCUUCGGGAUUCUCCUUCGGACUAUGGCCUAUCCAGUAAGGGCUCGCCCCCUGGAGUGAUGGCCACUAUACCAAAAGGUCAAUUUGGGCCACUAGGUAUCCCAAUAGAUGCCAGUGACUAG